GCCUUGGGACGCGGGGCGCGCUGCCUUUGCUUCCGUCCACCUCCGCUCACCACACGGCGAUGCCGCUUUGUCGAGCACGACAGCCUCGUUCUCGAUCGCAAUCGAGUCGCAUCCUUCGCCAUGGUUGAGAGAGCCGCGCAUGCAACAUCGGAGGAGUGGCCAGGAGAAGGAAAUGCACACCACCGACCCGCCGGCAAGGCGCAUCAUCAUGGUAGGGCGGAGGCUGACGCAUUCCUGAACCUGACCACAAACACGAUGCACACGCCGGCGCAGGAGUCGGACAGCGAAGUGCAAGGAGAUGCGGCCAAUGGGACCUCCCUCCUGCUUGACCUGGUAUUGGUCCCGCUGAACAUGGUGGCCUUCCUGCUAUCCUUGGCCAUCGUGGAGUACCGCCAGCGCCAGUGGCGUGUGUCGCAGCACGCUUCCCACUCCGAAGGCCUAUGGGCCCGGGUGACUCACUGGUCACCUGCCGAACCCUAUCAGGACUCUCGAGACGGGACGUGGAAGCGCAGCGAGGGCAGCAACGCUCAGCAACCCACCGCGCCCAUGUUUCAGGGGUGGGUGACGCAAAAGAAGCAUCGUGCGGUGGCCAAGAUGGAGCUUGGCGACGCUCUGGAGUUGAAGGGAGGGGUGCUGGUGGCCCUCGCCAUCUUCAGUGCCAUUAGCCUGGUGGCGCUGCUUUACGGCAUCCGGCAUACGUAUAGCUGGGUGGUUAGUGGAUGAGAGAUGUAUGGAAACAACAAGCCGCUGGUAGGCGUUGACGAUAAUGAGGAUGGAGCGUCGCGCAUCAAAUCGCUUGGUCGACGAUGGGGUUGACGAGCGGCGAGCGUGACGUGGUCAGAGUUGCCUUCUCUAUCCCAUUCGUCGCGCGUUCUCGUGCACAGGGCAAUAAUCUGCAAGCGAGAUGCACGCAACAAGUGAACUGGUGGAGGUUGCAGGACAGUUGUUGUGAGGCCUCGGGCAGUGAUUGUUGUAGGGUACAUGCAGAGAUGGAGGAAUCACAACUGAUCAUCACUGCCUGCCGUGGCACGACGCGGAUCGAGCAUUGUGACGGUGGUGAAGCCUAACGAUGCGUCAUCGCUUCCUAUGCACCGACUCGGAGAUUAUGGCAGAAGGUGCUUGACGAGCUGCGCGGCGUACCAUACAGUACAUGUAGGAGACGAAUCCCGCAGAGAUAACGACAAGGUAAUAAGGUAUUAAACAUCGAAUUGCCCCUGGA